CUUGACACUUUACUCUUUCUUUUGAAAAAUUUGUAACUAAACUUCAUUCAAUUUGCUAAAUAUUGCCAGGAAUGAUGGCUUCCUGCGUGAAGCACUUGCAACGAAUGACAGCUUACAAAAUGCACUUUCAAAAUAUGACGCACUUAUAAGACCAAGCGUCCCUCCUCCCCUUGCUCCUGCAAUCGCUGAACAAUCUGACGACAAAGAGGAAGAAGAAGAUGGUUUUUCACAUUUAGCAAAUAGGAAAUCUUUACUUAAAACAACUGGAGAACAAGAGAUCUCAGCAAACAAGGAUGGUGUAGACAAAAGCGAUGCAUUGAUCGUAUUUGAUCCCCCAGCGCCAGCUGAUUCUUCCAAGAAUGAAAGAGACAUGAUUGAUCUCCUGAGUCUCACAUUAUCUCCUCAAACAGAUAUGCCGUCGCCCCCGCCACCGCCUACAGCUAACCAGAAUCAAAAUCCAUUCUCCAAUUCUCCCAAUUGGGAAGAGUAUCAUAACUAUUCUCAGCCACGUAUGCCAAAUGAAGGAUAUACUACCUAUAACAGUUACAUCGCACCUUGGUCUCAAGUUGAUGUUGUUGAACAAUUACCACAGUAUACAAAUAACUAUCUAGCCACACCAUGGAUUUCUCCUGAAGCAAGCUUGAACCCCUUUGUAUCAGCAACAUCCACUCAGACCCAAUACCCGGAAUCUCAGUCUAGAGCGGUUAUAGGUUCCUCUGAUUCAACUGGGAUAGCAGAGAAUUCCAAAGCUCUACAGAAUUUUCGCUCAUUUGGGUCGAAAGAAAACCAGAUAUAUGCCACUCUAAUAAAUCUGAGAGACCCUUCCAGCGCUCCAAAACCAUACAAGCCAGACAAUCUAUUUGACGAUCUGAUAAAGUUGAGGAAUUCGGAUGGGAGUCUGAAAACCAGAGAUGUAUCAAGUCUCUGGGGAUCAGGGCAAGGCAUGGCAAGUGUUAAGUGAUAAGGUCAUAAUGGCUAUGUUGCGUUACUAAUAGCCAUGCAAAGUGGUUCCAUGGUGUGUGAAUAUCAUGAGAAGUGAUGGCUUCUUCCCUUUCCUCUGCAAUGAUUGAUUAUAUUAUAUUAUAGUGUUUAUGAGACUUGGAUUUUAUUGACUUGAUGUAUGAGUUUGUUUGGAUCUUGCAACCCUUUUUGCAUCUAUUGUAAAGUAUUUUAUUUUGAAAA